GUGACGUGUAAUGUUUACCGUGUCCGGAAGUGUCGGAGCUUUAGUAUGAAAAACCGGCAACUCGCCUUUUAUUCUAUUUUAUUCCUUUAAUUCUAUAGCGCUGAAACCAGUGAGUUAUUGUUGUGGGUUAUCGGAAACUAUAAAGGCAGGAAAAAGACUCGCAGCUCGUGAGUUUGAGCACAUUCGAAGCUCAAAUACCGGCUCGUGAGGUGGCUAAGCUAACAGGCUAACAGGCAGAAGCAGCGUCCAGCUGACUUCGGAUUAUUGCUUGUGUCCAGUUUCGGAGCAGAAACGUUAUGGAAGGAGGAUGGAGGGGAGGCAGGAGCAGCGUGUUGUAGCUCUCUGGUGGUGAAGGAGCUCUCUGGGGAGAAAUGGAGGAGAAAUACAGCAGCAACGUGCUGUCCGGAGGCAGGCUGGGCAUGGUGGAGGUGCCGGACUCAAGGUUAACCAGGUACAUCGUGCUACUGGUCAUCUCGAAGGUCCUGAAGGCUCUCGGGAUCUUUGAAUCAUACGACAUCCUCAAAGCCGUGCAUAUAGUUCAGUUCAUCUUUAUUUUAAAAUUAGGGAGUGCCGUUGUCCUGCUAUUCUUUCAAAAGCCUUUUUCAUCUGGAAAGGUCAUCUCUAAGAGACAGUGGAUAAAGUUACUAAAGCACGCUAUUUUCAGCUGUGUCAUUUCCCUCCUCGGCUUUUUCGGUCUCACUCUGUGUGGACCGCUGCGGACUUUAUUGCUUUUUGAGCACAGCGACGUGGUCGUCCUCGCUCUCCUCGGAGUCCUGUUCACUAAUUCAGGAGGCGGUCCGGCCAAGACGAGAGGCGCCGCGUUCUUCAUCAUCGCCGUCAUCUCCCUCCUCCUGUUUGACAAUGACGAUCUCAUGGCCAAGAUGGCCGAGCACCCUGAAGGACAUCACGACAGCGCGCUCACCCACUUCCUCUACACGGCCAUUUCUUUCCUGGGAGUGGCGGAUCACAAAGGUGGCGUCGUGCUGCUGGUGGCCUCUCUGUGUCUGAAGGUGGGGUUCCACACCGUCUCCAGGAAGUUGUCCGUGGAGAUCGGCGGAGCCAAGCGCCUCUACGCCCUCGACAACCUGGUGUCGGCGGCGGUGCUGCUGCCCUGGGUCGUCGUGCUGUCAGUGAGCACAGAGAGCAAGGUGGAGUCAUGGUCCUCCCUCAUCCUGCCUUUCGGGAUGAUCAUCUUCUCCGUCAUGAUCCUGGAGUUCUACGUGGAGGCCGUCUGCAACGCCAAGAUGGAGACACCGCGCUGCGCCCGCUACGGCGCCGUCUCCCUCUUCCUCAGCGGCCUGCUGCUCGCCAACUUCUGGACCCACCCGCUGACCGACCAGCUGCGCUCCAUGAGCAAGCCUCCGCAGCAGCUCAGCACGGAGCACGUCCUCUCCGGCGGCGUGCUCGUCAGCGCCGUCUUCUUCAUCAUGUCGUCCAGCAUCCUCUCGUCCCCGUCGAAGAAGGGCCAGAAGGGCACGCUGGUGGGCUACUCCCCCGAAGGCACGCCGCUCUAUAACUUCAUGGGCGACGCCCUGCAGCACACGUCCCAGUCGCUCCCUCGGUUCAUCAAAGACUCCUUGAAGCAGAUCCUGGAGGAGUACGACUCCCGGCAGAUCUUCUACUUCCUCUGUCUCAACCUGGCCUUCACCUUCGUGGAGCUGUUUUAUGGCGUCUGGACCAACAGCCUGGGUCUGAUCUCUGACGGCUUCCACAUGUUGUUCGACUGCUCCGCUCUGGUCCUCGGCCUGUUCGCUGCUCUCAUGACCCGCUGGAAGGCCACCAGGAUCUUCUCCUACGGGUACGGACGGGUGGAGAUCCUCUCCGGAUUCAUCAACGGCCUCUUCCUGAUGGUCAUCGCCUUCUUUGUCUUCGUGGAGUCGGUCACUCGUUUGUUAGAUCCUCCAAACAUCAACACAGACAUGCUGACUCCGGUGUCCGUCGGCGGCCUGCUGGUCAACCUGGUGGGGAUCUGCGCUUUCAGCCACGCCCACUCCCACGGAGGCAAGAGCUGCUCGGGGCACGACCACGGACACUCGCACCACGGACACUCCCACGGCGAGCACAGCCACGGGGGUCAUGGUCACGGAGGUCACGGAGGUCACGGGGGUCACGGCCACUCCCACGCAUCGCACGGACACGGCGGACACGGACAUUCCCACGGCUCGGGAGGUGGAGGCAUGAACGCCAACAUGCGAGGAGUCUUCCUCCACGUCCUGGCCGACACGCUGGGCAGCGUGGGCGUCAUCAUCUCCACCAUCCUCAUCCGGCAGUUCGGCUGGCUCAUCGCUGACCCCAUCUGCUCGCUCUUCAUCGCCACGCUCAUCUUCCUGAGCGUCAUCCCGCUGCUGAAGGACGCCUGCGAGGUUCUCCUGCUGCGGACUCCUCCAGAACACGAGAAGGACCUGAACGGCGCGCUGGAAAAGAUCGAGAAGAUCGAAGGAGUUUUGUCAUACAGGGAUCCUCAUUUCUGGAGGCAUUCGGCCAGCAUGAUCGCCGGGACCAUCCACCUGCAGAUCAUGUCCGACGUGGUGGAGCAGAGGAUCAUCCAGCAGGUGACGGCCAUCCUGAAAGACGCCGGGGUGAACAACCUGUCGGUGCAGGUGGAGAAGGAGGCGUACUUCCAGCACAUGUCGGGACUGAGCACCGGCUUCCACGAAGUCCUGGCCAUGACUCAGCAGAUGGAGUCCAUGAAAUACCUCAACGACGGGACGUGUAUCAUGUGACGCCCGUCGGAGGGACCAAAUGAAACUUUGCAACGGUUUAACGCUCAGUUCUCUUUUCCAUUGAAUUGUACAGUCUAUGUAAGUGUUUGAAAUAAAUUUGAAUAUAUUGCCUUCAU